AGAAAAGAAAAAAGGAGCCUCAUUGAAAAUUUACGCAAGUUCUUGGAGCAAGAAGGGUCCCUGCAACUGUGCAAGGCAAGAACUGGAAUAGAAUGAUCGGGUCGAGAAUGGAGGACGAUGAAGAAGAAGGGCCACCUAUAGCUAUUCAGAUCCAACAAGAGGAAUCAACGUCUCAUUAUUCCGACUCUGACUCGAAAGCUUCAGUUGGGGUUACUGUCAUCACCGGCUAUCUUGGAGCUGGCAAGUCCACUCUGGUUAAUUAUAUUUUGAAUUCUCAACACGGGAAGAGGAUCGCGGUCAUCUUGAAUGAGUUUGGUGAGGAAAUUGGAGUGGAAAGGGCAAUGAUAAAUGAAGGGGAUGGUGGUGCACUUGUUGAAGAAUGGGUUGAGCUUGAUAAUGGGUGUAUAUGUUGCACGGUCAAGCAUAGUUUGGUUCAAGCAUUAGAGCAACUUGUACAGCGAAAGGAAAGACUCGAUCAUAUAUUGCUAGAGACCACAGGAUUGGCAAACCCAGCACCUUUGGCAUCUGUCCUAUGGUUGGAUGAACAGUUGGAAUCAGCAGUAAAGCUUGAUUCUAUCAUCACUGUGGUGGAUGCCAAAAACCUUCGCUUCCAGCUUGCUGAGCAUCGUGGCUCAUCAUCAUCAUUUCCAGAAGCAUAUUUUCAGAUAGCAUUUGCGGAUAUUAUAAUUCUUAACAAGGUUGAUUUGGUCUCUCCAGAAGGUUCUGGAAGCAUUUUGGAGGAGCUGGAGGAGGAAAUUCAUAACAUUAACUCCCUUGCUGAGACAAUUCAUUCUGUCCGCUGUCAAGUUGACUUAUCAAAGAUAUUGAACCGCCAAGCUUAUGAUUCUGCGCAUGCCUCGCAUUUAGAGAAAUUAUUAGAAGAAAGCCGUUCAUUGUCUUCCAAAAAGCUUCAUGAUAGCAGUGUGAGAACUAUAUGCAUUUGUCAGUCACAUAAGGUUGAUCUUGAAAAGGUUCGAAUAUGGCUUGAGGAGAUUCUCUGGGAGAAGAAAUAUGAUAUGGAUGUAUAUCGCUGCAAAGGUGUUCUCAGUAUUCAAAAUUCUGAUCAACUGCAUACGUUGCAGGGGGUGAGGGAAUUAUACGAUAUUGUACCAACUCGCCAGUGGGAAAAGGAAGAAAAUCGGACAAAUAAGAUAGUCUUUAUAGGUCAUAAUCUGAAAGAAGAUGUUCUAAUUGAUUCCUUCAGAACCUGUACAACCUGCUGAAGACAUUUUGGUGAAAUUUGUGUACUUCUCUUGCUCGUUUUGAUAAACUGUGGUAGUCAUUUCCUGGGUAAGCAUGUAAAAUCUCUUUUGUAGAAUUUAAAGUUUUAUUUUAUUUUCCUCCAUCAAAAACAAAGUUGGGGAUUAUUUUUUUUUUCCUUCCAAAGUUCAUUUUAGAUUACAGUUAUCAAUAAAGUCAUGUUAUCUCUGGGGAAUGAUUAUUUAUAAUCUUAAAGAUUUUGUUGUUGAUGGAAAAUAAGAGUAAGCAUGAAGCAGCCU